AUGUUCUCUCAUUUCUGAUUGUAGGGCCCUUGUGGUGGAUCUUCCGCACGUCCACUUGCAGCAUGUUUACAGAGAGGGCAAUAUGUGUGCUGAUCGUCUUGCUGCUAUGGCUCAUUCCCAGCAGGAAGAUUUUGUCAUUUUAGAGGGUUGUCCCUCAACCCUUUUUAUGUAUCUCUACGCUGAUAUGUUGGGAACUAUAGAACUGGGAGAUACUUUGAAUCUCGAAUCUUCACUUCGGCUAUCCUGCAAGGCCCUGAGGUUGAUUCUCGGGGUAGACACUUUGAUACUUAAGUCAACAAUAGUCAGAGCUACUAGUUAUGAAUCAAGAGUAAAAGCUGAGUUUGAGGUUGAUUUCCCAUACCUUUCAGAGGUGGACCCUGAGGGAACUAAUGCGGAGCAAGAGCAAAGGGGACGAACUCGAAUCAGACUGAGCUCGCUGUCCUUCAAUCGAAUCGAGGUAGUUAGAUGUCGGGGGCUGCUCCGGAUGUCAGAGGUUGCACAUCUCAGGCAGCCAUGGAGUACACAACUUCGGACUGACAACAUGCCUCAUCUCGUGACCUCUGACAUCCUACGUGCCUCUGAUAUCUCAUGACCUCUGUCUACUCCCACUACACUAUUCCCCCCAACGAAGUCAUUCACUUGUGGAUGAUGCGGGAGGUUGUGUUGGUGUUUGGUUGAGGGGUGGAUAUCAUGGCAUGGAGUUAAGGGGUGUGGUUGGAGCUGAAGUAAGAAGUAGGAUGACACGUGGUCAUGGGAUACGGCCGGAGCAGAAGUAAAAAAUAACAUGACAC